AUGGAUUCAGUACCUGUUGCACUUAUCACAGCGGGUAGUGCUGGGCUGGGUGCCGCAGCAGCCCGUGUUUUCGUCAAGAACGGAUUCAAGGUGGCCAUCAACUAUAGCAACAAUGUAGAAAGGGCGGGAAAGCUCGUCGAAGAACUCAAGAGGUCAACAGACUCGGAUGUGCUUGCCAUCAAGGCGGAUUUGGGGAACCGCGAUGAUAUCUCAAAACUUGUCGAUGAGACUGUUGCGAAGAUGGGUCGAUUAGACGUCGUCUUUUCGAAUGGCGGAUGGACACACUUUCGAGACAUGACCAACUUGGACGAAAACCUUGUAGAAGAUGACUGGGACAGGUGCUUCAACAUGAACGUCAAGUCACAUCUUUGGAUAAUGCAUGCCGCCAAAAAGCAUCUGGACAAGACGGAGGGUGCAUUUAUCACCACGGCAUCCAUAGCUGGAGUUAGUGUCAGUGGGAGUUCUCUGGCAUACUCUGUAACCAAAGCCGCCCAGAUCCACCUGGCCAAGGCCCUUGCAGCUAUCGCGGCUCCGAGGAUUCGCGUCAAUACCGUAUCGCCAGGCCUACUUCUCACAGAUUGGGCGGAGAAGUUCUCGGAUGAGGGUAAAGCUGCCCAUAUCCAGAAGACAGUGAUUAAGAGAGCCGUCACGGUCGAGGAUGUGGCUGAACAAGUUUAUACAUUCGCCAAGAGCAGAAGCAUAACGGGCGUCAAUGUUGUAAUUGAUGGGGGCUAUACCUUGUAG